AUGUUAUCAGUAGCAUUUGUAAUGGGCACUGUAAAAGCUUCCGCCCAAACAAGAGAUGAGCUAGUUAAAUCUUCUCCUCAAAUACCCCCCAAAAAGGCUGCUCCACCACCUCCGGUCUCUCCUUCAACGACGCAAGAAGACGUGUCCUCUGAAUCUCUGCGAAGGUCCCCAUCCAAGCUCAAAGCUAAACGAUGUGCCAGCUGCAAUAGGAAGACUGGCCUUGCCAACUUCUAUACGUGCAGGUGUGAGCGAAGUUUCUGCGCAAAGCAUCGAUAUGCGGAGCUGCACGACUGCCCCUUCGAUUAUAAGACAGAGGCUCGGCGAGUUCUCCAAGAGACCAAUCCUGUGGUCACUGCAGCUAAAUUGCCCAAAAUAUGA